AUGGAAUAUCUACCUAAUAGUGACCUUCAGACAAUCCUAGAAAGAGGUGUUCAGUUUACGAUUUAUGAACAAGUUCGUAUAUUUAAAGAAAUUGUACUCGGAUUGAACUAUCUCCACAAAAGAGGAAUAUCACACCGUGAUAUUAAACCAGAAAAUAUUCUUUUCGAUGAAAACUAUCAUCCAAAAAUAAUCGACUUUGGAUUCUCUCGUGAAAACUGCUCAAAACUUAAUACAUAUUGUGGAACACCAUUCUUUGUAGCCCCUGAAGUCAUUACUUCGGAUCAAUAUGACGGUACAAAAGCAGAUUUAUGGUCACUUGCAGUAACAAUGCAUAUUAUGAACACAGGCAAGUUCCCAUGGAGAUACCGUAGUGAUGUACAGCUUAUUAAGGAUAUGCAGUUUGGCAGAUUGGAAAUUCAUAACGAAGCCAAAGGAUUAAUAGGUCUGAUCAUCGGCAAACUAUUAACAUUCGAUCCAGCAGACAGACCAACAACAGACGAUAUCCUCAACAUGUUCGCAGAGCACGAGCAAAUUCAUCAAACUAAAAAUGAGCUUCCUCAUGUUGCUCUUCAAGGAGGAUCUCUUCCAAAGAUACAAACAAAUAAUAUUUCAUUAAAUAGUACAUCGAAAAAGUCAAGGUUGUUCAGAUCGAACAUUGCUUUCAAACACCUUCAUAAAUCUAUGGAUUCAUUAUAA